AUGGUGAACUUGGCUUUGUUAGUUGGCCUACUUGCUUGGGUGGCAACCACCGUCUCUGCCUUUGACUACGGCGAUGCCCUCGAUAAAAGUUUGUUAUUCUUCGAGGCACAAAGAUCCGGCAAGUUGCCCGUAAAUCAACGGAUAAAAUGGCGUGGCAAUUCCGGCCUCGGCGAUGGUUAUUCUCAAGGAGUGAAUUUGGCGGGAGGAUACUAUGAUGCAGGAGAUCAUGUAAAGUUUGGGCUGCCAAUGGCAUAUACUGUGACUAUGCUAUCAUGGGCAGCCACUGAUUUUGGGAAAGAAAUGGUUAGUCUCAACCAAAUGGGACACAAUUUGGAAGCUAUCAAGUGGGGUACUGAUUACUUCAUCAAAGCACAUACUCAGCCAUAUGUUCUUUGGGGACAGGUAGGGGAUGGAGAAUCGGAUCAUUAUUGUUGGGAGAGGGCUGAAGACAUGACAACAUCAAGAAUGGGUUACAAGCUCGACCCGGAACAUCCCGGGUCGGACCUGGCUGGAGAAACUGCAGCUGCCCUAGCAGCAGCCUCCCUUGCAUUCAAGCCCUACAACUCUUCCUACUCUGGUCUUCUAUUAGUCCAUGCAAAACAGAUUUUCUCAUUUGCAAACAGAUUCAGGGGCUUUUAUGAUGAUGCCAUCCCAUCUGCUGCUAAAUUCUACACAUCAUCUGGUUAUUCAGAUGAACUUUUAUGGGCUGCUGCAUGGCUCUAUAGAGCAACAAAUGAAGAGUACUAUCUGAAAUAUGUAGUGGAUAAUGCAGUUUCAUUGGGUGGAACUGGAUGGGCAGUCAGAGAAUUUUCUUGGGAUAAUAAAUAUGCCGGAGUUCAAAUUCUCCUCACAAAGGUUUUGCUGGAUGGAGCUGGAGGAGCAUACACUUCAACCCUAAAACAAUAUCAGGCAAAAGCAGAUUAUUUUACAUGUGCCUGUCUACAAAAGAAUGACGGCUACAAUGUGGCUAUGACUCCUGGGGGUCUACUAUAUGUACGUGAAUGGAACAAUAUGCAAUAUGCAGCAUCAGCCGCAUUUCUUAUGGCAGUCUACUCUGAUUAUCUUGCUAAGGCAAAUGGUGUAAUAAAGUGUCCUGAGGCUCAAGUCCUACCUCAAGAUCUCCUCAAUUUUGCUAAAUCACAGGCUGAUUACAUUCUAGGCAAAAACCCUAGAUCAUUAAGCUACUUAGUGGGAUAUGGACAAAACUACCCCAUUCAUGCACACCACAGAGGUUCUUCCAUUGCCUCCAUAUCAGUUCUCCACUCUGUAGUUGGAUGUGUGGAAGGAUUUGAGAGUUGGUACAAACGGGUUGAAGCGAACCCAAAUGUUCUACACGGAGCCUUGGUGGGUGGUCCAAAUGAUAAAGAUGAAUUUUUUGAUGAUCGAUCAAAUUAUGAACAGACUGAGCCAACGAUAUCGGGUACAGCUCCUCUUGUAGGGUUGUUCUGCAAAUUGCAGGUUGUUUCAGGAAAUUCAGGUUACCAUCAAGGAUCACCAAAACCUUACGACAAACCACCACAAGGUCCAUCUCCAAAAUACAUGCCGGCACCAAAACCCCUAUCAGAAACACCAGUUGAAUUCCAACACUCAAUAACCAGUACAUGGACUGUUGGUAAAGAAACCUAUUACAGGCACCAAGUGGUCAUCAAGAACAAGUCCCAAAAGCCAAUAACAGAUCUGAAAUUGCACAUUGAAAACCUAACAGGAUCUGUAUGGGGUCUCUCUCCAACUCAGCAGAAGAAUAUUUAUGAACUCCCUCAAUGGCUCAAAGUAUUGAAUCCUGGUUCAGAUUGCAUUUUUGUAUAUAUUCAAGGUGGAGCCCAAGCCAUUAUUUCUAUUCAAAGCUACCAUUAA